AUGUCUGAAAUACUAUCUAAGCCCAAAAGUGAAAUGUCAGAGAAGGAGCUUCAGGAGCUUGAGCAAUAUGAGUUCAAUCAUGGACCAAUGAGAUUGUUAUCCAAAGCAGUGAAAGAUAGCAGUACUAUUCUAAUUUCUCUACGGAAUAAUCACAAAUUGAUAGCGAAGGUGAAAGCGUUUGAUCGUCAUUGUAAUAUGAUCCUUGAAAAUGUGAGAGAAUUCUGGAACGAAACUGCACCAAAUGAUCGAAAAAGAAAGAUUGUGAGAGAACGAUUCGUUUUGAAAAUGUUCUUAAGAGGGGACUCCGUCAUUGUUAUAUUGAAUCAUAAUUCUGAGAGCAAAUGA